AUGCACGCCACGGCUUUCCUCCUCUCAGCCGCUGCUGCCACUGCUGCCGCAGCAACUACUACCGCCAACAGGUUCCCCUCAACCUGUAAUUCAAUGGUACUUCCCCUCUUGACCGGCUUCCCUGAACCCCCCGAGGCCCUCGGUACUCUCGUCAACUUCAGUACCAGCAAGGAGUGCUCUACGACCUUCCCCGCCUCUGCUACUUCUGAGGUUGUCAGUUACGGCUCCGCACUCCAGAAGUGGUAUAGCAGUCACUCGGCCGAGAUCAAGAGUGGAAUGGCCUCGUGCUCGGAGAUUGGGGUGUUCACGGAGGUUGGUGGUUGUGGCAAGGCUCUUGUCGCGGCCAACACCGGCAAAGCCACGAGUGGUGCCUCCUCUGCAACUAUCACGAGUGCUGCUAGUGUGUCCGCUACGGGCAGCCAGACUACGGGCACUGCCAGUUCCUCCACAUCUGAGGGUGUUGGUGCUAGAGAGACUGGCAUGGCCGCUGCCGUCGUUGCUGCCGCCGCCGUCGUUGCCGCCGUUCUAUAA